AGCGUGAUAUGCCCUCGAUCAAGUGAGCCUGCGGUUUUGUAGCUGCUACUAGUAGUAUCAUAUAUCCAUUCCAUCCUGUGCAUAGGCCCGGCGUCCGGAGCGAUAAUCAACGAAGAUGGUGGCGGUGUCGCGGGUGGCCGGCGGGCUGGCGCGCGCCCUCCUCUUCGGCGUCUUCGCGGCGGCCGGGACUGUGGUCGGCGCCGCCUACGGCCUCCUGUCAGGCUUCGUCGACGAGGAGGACGGCUUCCUGCACGGCACGCUGCUGGGGGCGGUCGGCGGGGCUCUCGCCUCCCUCGACCUCGCCCACUCCCUACUCGCCAUAUGGUGCCGCCGCCGCCAUGUUUUCGACCACUGCUCUCCCGCCGGCCGAAUCAAGCGCACCGUCGGCGCCGUCUUGAGGCUGACGGCUCUCGCCGACCCGCACUACUGCGGAAGACGAGGUGAUCCCGCCGUCGUGGGCCUCGAGCAACCGCCAAGAUCGUCAAGCUUCGGCUUCUUUCCGCCGGCGGCCGUCGCUGCUGCGGGCGGCAGCUGCUGCCCCAUCUGCCUCCAGGAGUUCGAGGCCGGCGGCGAGCGCGCGGGGCGGCGGCUCCCGGCGUGCUCCCACGUCUUCCACCUCGACUGCAUCCGUAGCUGGCUCCUGCGCAAGCCCGACUGCCCCAUGUGCCGUCAUGCCGUCCACUAGCGGAAGAAACCGGCCGUCGGUCUCGCCGGAAACGAAAAGGAGUUGGCAGAAGCUGAGCUCGGCAGGUCAAUACUGUAUGUGAUUUCAAAUCUUCUAUUUUGUCGACGAUUUCAGUUCGUGGUCACCGGGUGCGUUUUUUACAUGGGAGCUGCCACGUGUGUAUAUAAGUGGGUCAUUGUUGUUACGUGGCACCACUGCUGUUAUAUACUCCUUCUAUUUUUAAAUAUAAGUCUUUUUAAUGUUUU